AUCAAUACUGUGUAGAGUCCAUUCGGCUGGGUUGCCAGAAUGUCGAAUGAGGGCGACAUAAAAUUUAUAAAGUGUGUGGUUGUCGGGGAUGGGGCGGUGGGUAAGACUUGUAUGUUAAUGAGCUACGCCACUAACAAGUUCCCCACGGAGUACGUACCCACUGUGUUCGACAAUUAUGCAGUCAAUGUAAAAGUAAAAGAACAAGAUUAUCAGCUGGGACUGUUUGACACCGCGGGUCAGGAGGAAUAUCAGGGACUACGUCUUUUGUCAUACCCAGGAACCCAUGUGUUUCUCAUGUGCUUCUCUGUAGUGAUGCCAGAAUCCUUGAAAAAUUUAGAACUAAAAUGGAUUCCUGAAGUGCGACACCAAGUUCCAGAAGCCGCUUACAUUUUAGUGGGAACACAAGUUGACUUAAGAGACGAUGAAAAAAUAGGUCAAAAGCUACAAAAACGGCGACAAAAACCAGUGACGUUAGAAGAGGGACAGAAAAUGGCGAAAAAGUUAAAUUGUGACUGUUAUGUCGAAUGUUCAGCAUUAACGCGACAAGGCUUAAAGGACGUCUUUGACGAAGCCCUUAUAGCAGUGUUAGAUCCGAAAGUAAAGAAAAAAGCAUCGUCAGGCCGUAGAUUUAAGUGUGCAAUUCUGUGAUCAAGCUUUGAUUUCCGUGGCUAGUCUCUUAGAAUACAAGGAAGUUCCCCUGGCUGACUUCCGUAUAUCUGGUUUAACAGUGCUAAUUCUGGUUUCAAACAUACUUCUAGUGCCUUGUUUAAGCAAACUAAAAUAAAAUAAAACAGAAACGUCCAUUUCCAUUUUGACAUAAUAUAUGUUGACGUUCAACUCUAAAUAAUAUUACACGAUUUUGUAGAAGAUACACAUUCGAUAUGUUUUAAUUAAAUUUUCAACGAAUUAAUUAUUUGAAUACUAGUACUAGUAAUCGUAAAUAUGAAGAUUAUUUCAAGACCAAACAUUUAAGAAAACAAAUGGUGCACUAAGUUUACGUUUACAUUGUCUCGACCACUGAUUAAAUGUACUAAUUUUAUAAUUAUAACAUUUUGUAAUAUCUUGAUCAGUAUUUUUAUUUAAUGCUUUUUUUUUUUUUUUUUACACUUGAUUGUUAUGAACCCCUAGUUUGGCCUGUGUACAUGUAGAUCCUGUGUAUGCAUUUGUCUUCCUUUCUUUCCUUGCUGACUUUGUUAUGUUUUUAUGAUAAUUUAUGAAGUGUUCACUUUUUUUUAAUUUUAUGAAUAUUGAUGUUAACAAUUUAAGAUUUUACUUAAUUAUAAUUCAAUUAAAUCGUAUAAAGUCACA